GACCAUGAAGAAGUUCAUAAUUUCAGUUCCGUUUACAUGCACAGGAUUCAGAAGAUAAGAGAUCAUUAUGUCCUUAGAACCAGAAAAGUUAGUACCUGUUUUUUCAUGGAACAAAUAGUUGAUUCCUGGCCAGCCGUUUGGGACUUCCACCCCCAAAAGUUACCUUGAUCCUUACCAGACUGUGCAUGGAGGACUUUAGGACCAGGGGAAGUCCGGGAGGAAGCAGGAGAAUUGAACAGCUCCCACCUGCUCGGUUUGAAUUGCUUUCAAAGUUUCAUCUGCAGAUUAGAAGUUUGCCUUGGAGGCUGGAGCAGUAGCAAGCGAUUCUCUCCUUCUUCGGGUAGACACUGGGCCCUUUCUCAAAACAUUCAGGAAAGCUCUUGAGUGAGGGCUGGUAUCUGCAGGCAUCGGCUUUUGGAGGAAGGAGGAGAUUCUUCUGCUCUCCGGAGGCAGAAACUGUUCGACUCAUGUUAUCUUUAGAUCACAGAAGAAUUGCUCUGAGGGCACAUUCAAUCCUUCCUCUUCACUUCUCCUGAAAUGACAAGCUUGAUCAUUGCUCUGAAAUAGCUAACCCACCCCGGUGUAGCUGAUCACUAGCCCUCGCGUAGAGGGGCUUGCGUGAAACCUGGCGAGCAGUUCUGUGUCUGCAAUGAAGUGGCCUCUCCUGUGCAGCAUGUUCAGCGUUGGUAGGUACAGCAUCCCGAGACCUGUGACCAGGAAUCUGGAGGAUCUGGACUCAGUGCAAAGUAUCCUACUGCACAGUGACCUUGAGCCUGAAUGGUUGGACAGUGUGCAGAAAAAUGGGGAAUUAUUUUAUCUAGAACUGAGUGAAGGUGAAGAAGAAACUCUUCUUCAAGACAGCUCUUCGGAGGUGCCUGCAGUGAAUCAUGUCAGGUUCCGUGAAAAUGAAGCUGAGGUUAUUCAAGAGGGAUCACGAAAAGAAAGAAAGUAUGAAUCCAGACUGAAAAAAAUCACCAAAAUUUUAAAAAAGAAAAGCCUGUUACCAAAGCAUUCUAGUAAGAAAGGAACUGGUGGUAGUGAUAGGCAUCCUUCUGGCCCAACUUCCAUACUGAAACACCAAUCCACUCAGAAGGUGGGAGUCAUAGUCCAGCAACAGUACAAAGAUGUAUGUGUUUAUGUAAAUCCAAAAAGACUACCCAACGAUGGAGCAGGGGAAAAACUCAAGCUUUUGGAGGCAUUGAUAGGGAUUGUUCAUCAGUCUUCAUGGAGCAACAGAAGAGCUGAAAAGCAAGGAGAACAAAACAGAAGCAACAAAGGGAUCAAUGAAGAGAAGCUUGUGGUUCAUGGCUUGGUCCCAGGCAGCUCAGCCAUAAAAACUGGUCAAAUCUUGAUUGGAGAUGCCCUUGUUGCUGUAAAUGAUGUUGAUGUGAAUGCUGAGAAUAUAGAAAGGGUUUUGUCUUGCAUUCCGGGGCCUAUGCAGGUGAAACUUACAUUUGAAACUUCAGUCUUUGAGCAUGAAGGAACAUCUCAACAAAGGUAUAAACAGGCACAGUCUGCUAUGAACAAUCUCGUCAAGCUUCUAUGGGGAGAAGAUAAUAUGGACCUUCAGCUGGCUAUCCAAGGCAUGCCUCAUAUUGUUAUGUACCUCACGCUUAAAUUGGACUCUGAAACAUCUAAGGAUGAGCAAGAAAUUCUUUACCAAUACCCCAUAUCAGAAGCAUCCCAAAAGCUGAAAAGUGUGAGAGGAAUAUUUCUCACUCUCUGUGAUAUGCUGGAAAAUGUGACUGGAGCCCACAUUAUCAGCUCAUCCCUUUUUUUAUGUGGGAAACUGGUUCAGGUGGUUUACUGGAAAGAAUCUGACAAGUUGCUUGUGAUUGGCCUUCCUGCAGAAAGUGUGCCUCUUUCUCAGCUAAGGAACAUGAUUACAGAUGUUGUCAGAACCUUAAAAUUUAUGUAUGGUUCUUUGGACAGUGCUUUUUGCCAGGUGGAAAACAUUUCCCGCUUGGAUCAUUUUUUCAACCUGUUCUUCCAGCGAGCAAUUCAGCCUGCCAGACUCAAUUCGAAUGCCAGCCCCAGUGCUCAGCACUAUGAUAGCUGCAGUGCAUUGUUUUUAGACAAUCUCCCAGGGAUACGCUGGCUAACGCUGGCACAAGAAAUCAAGGUGGAAAUUGACACAGCACUGAGUGAUUUGGAGGCAGCGGAUUUUGCAGAGCUGUCUGAAGAUUACUAUGACAUGAGACGGUUGUAUAUGAUUCUGGGCUCUUGUCUCUUCUAUAAGGGCUGUUUGAUUGGCAAUCACUUACCAAAGGAGGAUCUUAUUGAUAUAGCUUUAUAUAGUCGACACUAUUGCCUGUUACCCUUGGCAGCAGAACAGAGGAUUGGUCAGUUAGUGAUAUGGCGAGAAGUAUUUCCACACCAUCACCUCCAACCAAGUGAAGCUUCAGGUGUUACAGGAUACAGAGAGCCUGAAGCAAGAUACUUUUUACUAAUAGUUGGUUUGAGACACUUUAUGCUGUGUGUUUUGCUGGAGACAGGGGGCUGCACUUCCAAAGCUAUUGGGAAUCCAGGACCAGACUGUAUAUAUGUUGAUCAGGUCAAAGCAACUAUACUUCAGUUGGAAGGAAUAGAUUCCAGCAUAGAGGAAAGAUUAGAAUCUCCCGCCAUUCCAUGUCUGUCUUGUGCUGACUGGUUCCUUCCUGCAUCACGUGACAAACUGGAAAGCUUUACAACCCCACCCAUCCUCAGUAAACUGCAAAAUACUUCCAAAACCGCAACAUCUCCAACAAGCAAGAGAACACUCUUCACUGACUCCUCCUUAAGGACACGUAAGCCCAGUCCCACAAGGAGCAGUGGAGGAUCUGACAAUGGCAGUGAAGGUCCUGAAGAAGGUGGAGGCCUUAACCUACUUGCUACAGUAGAUCAGGUCCGAAAGCACGAACGAAAAGAAUCACAAGGUUUUGGCGGGUCUGAGGGAAGUGGUAGCUUGUUCAAGGUCACUAGAAAGAAACAUACCCUUCCAAAUCCUUUUCAUUUAGGAAACCUGAAAAAGAAUCUUUCAGAGAAAGAUACAGAACUCUAUAAUGUUGUCAAGUUGACGUCUGGUCCUGAGAAUACCCUCUUCCACUAUAUUUCUUUAGAAACAAUGCAAGGAAUCUUUAUUACUCCUACGCACAAAGAAGUACAACAGCUCAGUGGAUCCAUCCACCCUCAGCUAAUCAAGAAUUUUCAUCGUUGCUGUCUUUCAAUUCGCUCCAUUUUCCAGCAGGCCGUGAUGAAAGAAAAAAAGAAAAAUGCAGACAGUGGGAGCAAUUCAGAUUCCAGAAAAGCAAGUUCUGACCUCAAUCUAGUGAGAGAACAUGGGGUUUUGUUUGAGUGUUACCCUGAUAACUGGACUGACCAGAAGAAACCACCACCAACUAUGACUUACUGGGUUGUAGGGAGACUCUUCCUACAUCCAAAACCUCAAGAGUUUUAUGUCUGUUUUCAUGAUUCAGUCACAGAAGUUGCUGUUGAACUGGCUUUUAAACUGUCCUUUGGCUUAGCUACGUAGAUGUGCUUCCUGACUAAGCAGCAGUCCUGAACAGUGCUGGAAUCCAUCUAAAGCACUUCAAAUAUAAACAGAAACUAAGUAAAUCGUAACGCCCUUCUGUAUGUUCUUUUGAAGUGCUUAAAAAAAAAUCUGCCUUGUGAAGUAGCUCUGUUAAACACUGAAGUAACAUGUUAUUGCAGAUUUACUACAUCAGCUACCUAUGGGAGAUGAUGUUUUUGGAAGAAGCCAAAAACAUUAAUUUAGAUACAGUCAAAUGGAUCGUGAUGAAUAAAAAGAUGAGCUUUUUGGGUGAAUACCCACUUCGUCAGAUUCAUCUGACGAAGUGGGUAUUCACCCAUGAAAGCUCAUGCU